ACACACACACACAUACAACGGAGUGAAAAUCAGGUUGGAGGGUUUGUUUCUCAGCUGAACUUAGGGACUCAGGAAGCAGGUGUCCAUCAGUAUGACGCUCCUCACCCUGAUCCUUUUGGCCUCUGCUUUGUCUCUUUGCUCUUCUCUGGAGUUCAACCCAAAACCAUGCAUGCAAGCCAAGUCCAACAAUGCUCAUGCCAUCUUCCUCAAGCGGCAUCUGCCUGAUGGCGUGCCGAAAACGUGGGACCAAAACGAAUGGAAUGCGCUGCUGAGGCAGAUUAAGACAUGUGGCAGACCCACUCAGUCAUUUUUCCAUGAGAGUGACAGAGAGCGUGUGAAUGCAGUGUGCACCAAGGCUGGUGGAAAACAGCUCUCCGGGCACCUGUGCAUCAGCAAGGAGAAAUUCUCCUUUGUGACGGUGCGUGUGAAUGUGGAUGAGGGAUUGUGUGGCAUUAAGAGGAUGAGCAAUGAGACCAAACACAUCAUCCUUGGGUGCGAUGAAGUAAAGGACAUGUGUCGCCCUGUUCAUUUUGAGGGGAACCCAAAUAAUCUGAUGCCCAGUAAUAAUCAGCCUGACUGUGGAGAACACUCAGGGUCAAGCACAGGAUUUAAUGCAGCCAUGUCCAAAAGCCUUCUCGUCUUCACUUUAGUCACUUUAACUUGUAUUUUGUGAUAUGGCAAUUCAUACUGAUAAAUGUUUUGAUUGCACACCAAUAUUAAAUAAACAGUAUUCAAUUAA